AUGACAAUUUUACAUUCUCUUUCUUUUAAUGGAAAUGGAAUAAAUAGCUCAAAUAUAAAAACUUCGAAUCAAAACAAUAAUAUAGAUAUAAAUCCUCAAUAUACCAACACUCAGUCAUCAAACUCUACCUGUUUGUUCUCAUCGAACUUUUCUCAGACAAUUUAUAUUGAUAAGAAACCAAACCUACCACCUGAUCCAGCACUUAAAUGUAACAUCCUUUGA